UCACCCCAAAUUCUCUCUCUCUCGGACCUCAUCGAACCGGCGGCGAUGAUGCAACCAGUGGCCGGCGGAGAUACCCAGCAGAAGCCGCUGCGGCCGCCGAUGCGGCCGUGGGUGGCGGUGCAGUACCCGGCGGCGAUGGCGAUGCAGCACCAGAUGAUGGGGGCGGUGCCGCCGCCGCAGUACGCGCAGCUCUUCCUGCCGUACCCCCAACACUGUCUACCGCCGCCGCCGCCGCCGAACCAGCAGCACCACCAGCAGGGCUGGGCCGCGGCGUUGGCGUCGGAUGAGAACAAGACGAUUUGGGUGGGGGAUCUCCAUUACUGGAUGGACGAGAGCUAUAUCCACAGCUGUUUCGGCCACACCGGCGAGGUUGUCUCUAUUAAAGUUAUUCGCAAUAAGAAGACUGGACAAUCAGAGGGAUAUGGAUUUGUGGAGUUCUUCUCACAUGCAGCAGCUGAGAAAGUUCUUCAGAACUUCAGUGGUUAUGCGAUGCCUAACACAGAACAGCCUUUUCGGUUGAACUGGGCAUCAUUUAGCAUGGGUGAUAAACGUUCAGAUGCUGCUUCUGAUCAUUCUAUAUUUGUUGGUGAUUUAACUUCUGAUGUGACUGAUGCCAUGUUGCAAGAAACUUUUGCUAGUAGAUAUUCAUCAGUAAAAGGUGCAAAAGUUGUUAUCGAUGCCAAUACUGGCCGUUCAAAAGGUUAUGGGUUUGUAAGGUUUGGAGAUGAUAAUGAGAAAACCCGUGCCAUGACUGAAAUGAAUGGUGUAUUUUGCUCUAGUAGGCCCAUGCGCCUUGGUCUUGCAACUCCUAGAAAGUCUUCUGGUGGUUUUGGGUCCAAUGGUGCUUCUGCACAAAGCUUCCAGUCAGAUGGGGAUCCGACUAACACAACAGUUUUUGUUGGAGGGCUUGACCCAAAUGUCAGCGAAGAUGAUUUGAAGCAAGCCUUUUCUCAAUAUGGUGAGGUUGCUUCUGUCAAAAUUCCAGUUGGGAAGCAAUGUGGUUUUGUGCAAUUUGUCCACAGAAACAAUGCUGAAGAAGCAUUGCAACAGUUAAAUGGAACAGUAAUUGGGAAGCAGUUGGUUCGCCUUUCAUGGGGUCGCAACCCUACAAAUAAACAGUUAAGAGCUCGUCCUGGCGGUCAUUGGAAUGGUGUAUACCAUGGAGGACAGGUUCACAAUGGAUAUGGUUACGUCUUACCAGCUCAUGAUCCAAGCAUGUACGCUGCAGCAUAUGGGGCUUAUCCAUUGUACGGUAAUCAACAGCAAGUUAGUUAAAAUGGAGUUUUAUUGGAUCCGGCAAAGCUAUAGCGAGUUACUUACGUUGAAACAGGCUUAGUUUUAGCAAGUGACUGAUAAAGAGCAAAAGGUUGCCAGUGAGUUGGUACAAAAUACAUGGUAUGUAGUGUGUGUUCUUGUAUACCUGAGGUCUUCGUAGUCAUUUAAGAUUCUGUCUGAAUUAAUCUUGCAAUUUUUGUCUGCUAGCUGUAAGAAAGAGGAAAAACCUAGUUUGUUGCCGUGUGGAAAUGGUUGUGCUAUUCAUUUAGGGUAUCAUUAAUUUUUUAUAAUCAAUUUAUAGGCUUCUAAAUUCUUA